GUCAAAGUCCAAACUGUUCGACACGUCUACCCCACGGGCUCCUGGCGCGCCGAGUGAGAAGAGGCGGCGCACUACACAAUCGCACAUCUAUGCCAAAUCUCGAAAAGAAAGCCAGCGAGUCGCACCUAGUCGAGCCAGCCGUGUCCAGACAGGCAGCCAGCAGGACGCACCCGACGACAACUGCUGCACGUCGUGAUAGCCUCACGCAGCCGUCACUCGCACACUGACCUACUCACUCACCCACGUACAACUUACUACUGCUCAACAACCCACGCACCAACUCACCGUCCCAUCCACAUAGCCACCCCCCCUCCUUUCCCGAGCGUCCAUCAUCAUGGACCUCACCGCCCAGUUCCGCGCCUCCCUCCUCGCGCAGUCCUUCCCCCCUCCCUCCACAACCUUCCUCACCUCCCUCCUCGCCACGCGCUCCCCCCCUCCACCGCUCCCUUCCCUGCUCGCCACCGCAAAGGCCCGCCUCCUCGCCUGCGACCUCACCACCAGCACCUCUGUCGACCGCGCGAUGCUCGCCGCGCUGCCCUCCACCACCACCGCCUCGUCGUCAUCAUCCUCCUCGUCCUCUAGCAACAACAACAAUAAUCACGCCAACAGAAACAGCGCCAUCACAAACAACAAUAACGCACCGGUAGCAUCAGCAGCAGCGGCGGCAAAGGAAAUCAGGAUCCAGCGCGACGUCCACGUCCAGGUCCUCGACGUCGAGAACCUCAGCGCCAGCCGCUGGGAGCAGGUCGAGGAGCUCGAGGCCGUGGCCAGGGGCGAGCGCACCCGCGGGAGGCAGGUCGUGCGCGUGGUGCCCGCCGACGACGAUGAUGGGACCACCGACGCGAGCCAGACGCAGACGCAGACGCAGACAACGACGAGCACCACUACCACCACCACCACCUCACAGGCCAGAGGUGCUGCGGGAAGUGGUAUUCCAACAGCAACAGCCGCAGUCCCCGCGGGACCGAACGCGACGCACCGCCUCGUGCUGCAAGACCACCAGGGCAACCGCAUCUACGCCGUGGAGCUGCGGCGCGUGGACCGCAUCGCCGUGGGCAGGACGGGCAUCGGGGAGAAGAUGGUUCUGCGGGCGGGCACCGUGAUUUCGCGCGGCAGCGUGUUGCUCACGCCCGAGACGUGCACGGUUCUGGGCGGCAGGGUCGAGGCGUGGCACGAGGCGUGGCUGCAGGGCCGUCUGGCGAGGUUGAAGGAGGCGGUGGGCGGCGGCGACGGGCCGCGCUGAUGCAUCAUGUCAUGCAUACGUGCAUAUGUGCAUACGUUUCUGUUUCUCCGUCGACAGCGCGUCGAUGUACUUUUGCAGUUCUAUCAAGAUACCCCCAGCCAUGACCAUGAUACUG